AUGAAAUUGUCUCAACUAGUACUGAUGCUGCAGAUUUUGUUGAUUGGGUUCGUGAAUGCUACACAAUGUAAGCCCACAUGUUCUGACAAAUGUGGAAAUGUCUCCAUACCUUACCCUUUUGGAAUUGAAGAAGGUUGCUACCUAGAUGAGUCUUACUACAUAGACUGCAACUCCACAACUGGAAUUCCACACUUGAACGUUUCUAGCAUACUUUCGGUGAUGUUUGGAUUCCAGUCUCGUCCUCUAGAAGUUGUAGAGAUAAAAAUAGAUGGAAACCUUAUUAGAGUUAAUCUACCAAUUGCAUAUAGAUGCUACAAUGAGUGGGGGAAGGUAGUUUCUGGCUCAACGACAACAAUUAGUACAUCGAGGUUCCCCUUUUCAAGCACACAAAACUGGUUCACAGGAGUAGGUUGUGAUCUUGAAGCCAAUAUUGGGCUUAACAACCCGUCUGUUGCUAUGAAGUGUCUAUUGGAUUGUAAUUUUUUUCAUGGUUCUGUUAGAAAUGGGUCAUGCCUAGGUCGUGGAUGUUGCCAAGCUAGUAUUCAACAAGGCAUGACAUAUGCUGGAAUUGAUAUCAGUCUCCCAGAAAACAAGACAUCAGUGGUAGGGAAUCUUAGUAGAUGUGGUUAUGCUUUCAUUGUGGAAAAAGACAAGUAUUACUUUAACACCAGUGAGCUACCCAAUAUGAGCAACAACAUGUCUUUCCCUGUAGCGCUUGACUGGUCUGUAGGGGAUGCAAUGUGUGAAGAAGCUCAAAAGGAUAAAGUAACCUACAUGUGCCAAGAAAACAGUGAAUGUUAUGAUGGGGAAAUUGGUGUUAAGGGAUAUCGCUGCAAAUGCUCUGAUGGAUACACUGGAAACCCCUACAUCCAAAACGGAUGUCAGGAUGUCAAUGAAUGUGAAUCUUCAGAGCUCAAUGACUGUUUGCAAGGAUAUUGUAAGAACACACAUGGGGGUUAUAAGUGUAUUUGUCCAAAUGAUCACCAAGGUAACGCAAAAAAAGGUGGAGAGUGCACACCUGUUGAGCCACAAUCAAAACCUAGAUCGGUCAUUGAAGGUAUCAUUGAAGGUGUUGCAGGUGCAGUAGUGGUAAUGAUUUUUGUCUACUGUGGAGCCAAACGGAGGAUAAGAGUAAAGGGUAGAAAGGACUUCUUCAAGCAAAAUGGUGGUAUCAUGUUACAGAAAACAUUAUUUACAUGUAAAGAUCCUUUCAACAAAGCAAAAAUUUUCACUGAAGAAGAGCUAAAGAAAGCAACAGAAAACUUCAAUGACACAAACAUCAUAGGCCAAGGGGGUUAUGGUACUGUUUACAAAGGAAUUUUAGCAAAUAAGACAGUGGUAGCCAUCAAGAAAUCUAAAGUAAUUGACCAAGGCCAAAUCAAGCAGUUUGUCAACGAGGUGAUCAUUCUGUCACAAAUUAAUCAUCCCAACAUCGUAAAACUCCUUGGUUGUUGCCUAGAGACACAAUUUCCCUUGCUUGUGUAUGAAUAUAUAACCAAUAAGACCUUAUGCCACCACAUACAUAGACAUCCCAUAUUGACAUUUGAAAAACGGCUCAAGGUAGCUGCAGAAACUGCUGAAGCUCUUGCAUAUAUGCACUCAACCACACAAAUUAUCCAUAGAGAUGUCAAGCCAUCAAAUAUACUAUUGAAUGAUGAGUUCACUGCAAAAGUUUCUGAUUUCGGGAUUUCAACAUUUGUCCCUCUUGGUGAAACCCACCUAUCAACAUUUGUUAAAGGAACAAUCGGGUAUAUGGAUCCUGAGUAUUUUUGUACCUCCAAACUAACCCAGAAAAGUGAUGUUUAUAGUUUUGGAGUUGUUCUGUUAGAGUUACUCACAGGAACAAAGAUUCAUUCUUUAGAGACACCACUAACAGUCUAUAGAGGUGCAGCUGCAUACUUCACUUCGCUACUGGAAUGUGAUUUAUUGGUUCAAGUUCUUGAUGAUCAACUAAAAGGAGAUGUGUAUGCGGAGAUGGUGAAACGCUUUACUAAGAUAGCAAUUAACUGCCUUGAUCUUGAAGGGAAGACCAGGCCGACAAUGAAAGAAGUAAAACAUGAGCUCGAGCAACUAAGAUGUGUUUUGUUGUCCAUUGAAGCUCAAAGUAUUUAG